AGUGUACUUAGAGAAGUGGGAGUCCCUCCUGGACCAAGGCUUCUAAUACUUGACCACAUUGAAAGGGAUCCUGAACUGCAAAAGAUGCGGCAAAAACGGUGAAAAGUAAACCAAAGGACAGUGGCCUCAGUCUCAUACUUGAGGUUUGGAUUUCCAUCUGUCCGACUGGCUUCAGAACGUCGUUAUUCAGAAAUAGCUCUUUUGACUUCUAGAAGUCAAACAACAAGAAGUCAGUUUGGGUGUGGAAUUUCAGAACAAUUUCUAGAAGCAAAAAUGUCGACUUUUUGUGAAGUAAAAUAUCUGGACUUCUCCUUCUCCAGAAUCAGAAUCAUAAACAGAAUUGUAUCCCGCGCUAUAAUUAUACCAGAAUUAGCUCUCAAGCCAGAAUUUUACCAGAAUAAUGCAAAAUAAUACAACUCGUACAUCACCCACUACCCAGCUAUAAAAGCACAUGUAUAAGCUGAACAGCCUGACUGAACUAAUAAGUAUGGAAUCUCCCUUCUUGCAUUGGACACUGUCAGUCCACCUUCCUUGAACAUUCUAUGAAUGCGAUUGCCGCGUUAACAAGUCGCUAUAUCUGGCAAGAAGUUCAGUUAUGCGCCAUCCCACGGCACAAAGGGACAUAACUUUCAGUAAAAUGUGGGUGGUGUGUGAUGUUAAAAUGUCGGUUGUUGAAUAAAAAAGGCCAUUCCUCCCUCCCUCCUCUGUGGUUUUUUUUAUCCGUUUGUUACAUGCUUUUAUUAAAAGGGACAUCUUUUUCUGUUUGCUUUUCAAAUUUACUCCACAGCUUUACCUUCCAAGUCAAUCAAUUCAUUUUCUAAUACUUUCAAUCAAAAUUCCCCCAAAUUUCUUUCUUUAUUAGAUACCGUUCCAAGUUUUGUCUCUUGUUUUGAAAUUGUUUUUUUUAAUAAUUUCACUCCUCCUUACUGUCUAACAAGUCAUGCCAUUUGACUUGAUAAUCUCUGGUUCCAAAUAGACACACACCCCCACAAAUUUGUUUUAUUUUCUCUCUGGUUUCUCCGAGUCUUUUUCAGAUUUGGGGUCUUCUUGUUUCUUUCUUCUGACUCUUCUUUGAUUAUUUUUUUCUGGGUUUCUGAGUAUUCUAGAGAGAAGGGGGUUGGGGGGGAGAUGGGGAAUUCAUUUGGGUGUUCCGCAUCAGGGGAGAGAUUAGUGAGUGCAGCUAGAGAUGGAGAUUUGGUUGAAGCUAGAAUGUUAUUAGAAUUCAAUCCUGGGUUAGCUAAAUAUUCUACUUUUGGUGGUUUAAAUUCUCCACUUCAUUUUGCAGCUGCUAGAGGACAUAAUGAAAUUGUAGCAUUGUUGCUUGAGAAAGGAGCAGAUGUGAAUUCCAGGAACUACUGUGGACAGACGGCAUUGAUGCAUGCGUGCAGGUAUGGGCAUUGGGAAGUUGUGCAGACACUCCUGCUGUACCGUAGCAAUGUUAUACGAGCUGACUACCUCAGUGGUCGGACAGCUCUCCAUUUUGCAGCUGUAAAUGGACAUGUUAGAUGUAUAAGACUAGUUGUAGCGGAUUUUAUCCCAAGUGCUCCACAUGAAGUCAUCAGUUCUCAGACCAGUGGAGAAGGAGGACCUGCGACUAAUUCAAGCAACAAAUUUGACCAACCUGCACUUUCCAAGUUUGUUAACAAGGCGGCAGAUGGUGGUAUAACUGCUCUCCAUAUGGCUGCACUUAAUGGGUAUUUUGAUUGUGUCCAGCUACUACUGGAUAUUCAUGCAAAUGUCUCUGCUGUGACAUUUCACUAUGGAACCUCGAUGGAUCUGAUAGGAGCUGGAAGUACUCCUUUGCAUUAUGCUGCAUGUGGAGGCAAUCUGAAGUGUUGUCAGAUCCUUCUUGGAAGAGGUGCUAGUAGAUUUACACUGAACUGCAACGGGUGGCUACCUCUGGAUGUUGCGAGGAUAUGGGGACGCCAUUGGCUUGAGCCCUUGCUGACACCUAGUUCUGACUUAGAACUACCGACGUUUCCGCCAUCAGUUUACCUCUCGUUGCCUCUCAUGAGUGCACUGAAUAUAGCAAGGGAAUGUGGGUUGCAAUCUUCUAGUGCCUCAGCUGAUGAUAGUGAUGUCUGUGCUGUUUGCCUGGAGAAGGCAUGCACUGUAGCCGCUGAAGGUUGUGGGCAUGAGCUUUGUGUAAGAUGUGCGCUCUAUCUUUGCUCAGCAAGCAACAUUCCUUCCGACAUGGUGGGACCACCAGGUUCCAUUCCGUGCCCACUUUGCCGAAACGGCAUCAUCUCUUUUAUAAAAUUGUCUAAUUCUCCAGCAAAGGAGGAGCUCAAACAACAUCUAUCUCUAGGACUUUGCACCCCAUGUAUGCUUCAUCAUGACCCAGAACCCUCACCUACCUCACUUAGACCCGAAAUUCGCAAGAACCGUGUUGUUUCAGUUUCUUCCGAUUUUUCAUGUCCUGUGUCUUGCAGUCCAUUCCCUUCAGUUCCUAUUCCCAUGUGCACAUGCAACGAAGACUCCUGCCCGUCCUUUGAACCCUCGGGUAGAGAAAAUGAAGACGAGUCACCGCGUCGAUCACAAGGAACGAUUGGAGGAGAAGAAGAUAAAACAGAAGGAACAAGGUUUGACAAAACAACAUGCUCAAGUAUAUUCUGGACUAGAAGAAGUUGCCACAGAGAGCAUCAAUGCAACUCCGAAAUCAACGCUUGACUUCAUUGUGUAUAAAAAUCCUUUUUGUAGAAGUUAUAGGUUUCCAUUGCUUAUGGAUGUGCAGAAUGUACUAGGUUUUUUUUUUUUGUUGUCCUCGGGCUAGAAUCGGUGAAAUUUGUUUGUUUCCCACUAUGCCCAUGUCUGGUUUUGGGUUUAUAGAUGUUCUUAAAUAUAUUGGUUAGCUUUAUCAUUUCGAAAAUGUUCAUCAGAUGUAAGCAUUGAAGUAGAUAAAAAUUACUUCCAUGGCUGCUUAAGAGAUUCUGUGUUUUGGUUGUUGUAACUGAUUAUAAUUUUAAAAAUCAUUGUUACAUGUGUA